AUGCUUGCAACACCAGGCGGCAAUCGUCCUGCAGAUCCGCAUUCAAUUGAGCUGCAGUCUGGUCCGCCUCCCGGACAGGAAACUACAAGUAGAGCUGCGAGUCGUCGACAUAGCUCUUCAGGGACAGUUGGUAAGUCAUUAAUAUAGAUGUUAAACAGGGCAGGUCCCUAUAUUGACCCCUGAGGAACGCCAUGCGCUACUCAUACGGGAAUCUGACAAUUCAGUUCCAAUUCUCGCAGACUGACCUCUAUCUAUAAAAUACCUCCUAAAGCAUUCCAUGGCAUCUCUGCACAAACACCCAGUUCUAGAAGUUCUAUCUGGUUCUCAGAUAGUAGCCUUCUUAACUCUGAGUAAAGAUCUAAGAGCUGGUGUUUCAUGGCGAUCAGGAUUUACUUUAUCCUUUGCCGGGCGCAGGUUCUUUUGCUCCGCCAUACCUCAAGAUAAUGAUUAAAGUUGAGACAGGAUUACUUGCUGGACCUGAUUAGAUUAGUCAUGCGCUGCUCAGGGGCAGAUAUGAGGUGUGUGUGUAGAGAGGAGAAUGGUGAUCCUUAGGUGCCCUCUCAUCUUACCUCAAAAUGACCCCUGCUUCUCUCAGAAACAAAGUCUGUGUCUGAUGUGCAGAGUUCCCUCGAUCAAAACAUCUCUAGAAAAUUCAGUGUAUCGGCUGCAACCCAUAAUGGGAUAAUUUUCAUCAAUAAGUAUUCACGCUGAUACUGUACUAUCUAUUAAGGUUUAGUUUCGAAAGUAACUAUGGUGUUGCGUCUCAAGAGGGAUUGAAAUAUAUAUAACAUGAUAAUAUAAAGGUUAGUAAAGUCAUUAAGUUGGAUUUGAAAAUAUUUUGGCAUUUUCUAUUUUAGAGUUUGAAUGAAAGUUAAAGGACUGUAAAAGAGCCAGUGAAAACCUGCUCACAAAAGUGAUAUAAUUUUGGUAAAGGGAACAAAAGUGCACCGUUUAAAAACCUGCUGCUACAUGCAAUUCGGACGGUAGAUCACGAAACAAACAGAUGCAGUUUAACACGUGAAUUAUCAAUUACCGCUCAAAGCGGAUCACAUACAUAUAGUGCGAAGCAAUACUCGAUUAAAAAAAAACACAUAUUUGUAUAAGUCGGUUUCUGUUUAAAAUCAACGGUACUGAAGUUCCGUGUUGUCCCUUUUAUUGCUUUAAUAUUCAAAGCGAGAAAUGGAAAUUAAAGAGACAAGGUGCCGGGGUAGGGGGUAAAAAAACUAUUUAUUCUUUUUAAAUAACCUGAUAAAAAACUAUAUAUUUGAAGAAAUAUAAAAUUCCAUCCUCUUUUGUCUCUCAAACAAAAGACCUUUUCAUCAGAGAGGAGAACACCAUCAGGUAAUACUCUCUCGAAACUAAUUUGCCUUCAAAAUAGUAAUAUUAAUAUUGCAACCAGUUGUCUUAGAACAAAAAUGCCGACAAGAUUCCCGCCAAGUUCUUUUAAAAAGCCCCGCUUAUUGUUGGGCAUCCCUCAACGCUAAGCCGCCACAAAUAUCGCUUAUCAUCAACACCCAAUUAUGCUACUCAGGGAAGAGCUCUAGGCAACCUGUGAUUCUUAAAUUAGUGCUUGGAUCUAUACUAAGACAUUCAUAAACUAGUCGGACGGCGCUGCAGAAGAGCAUCUGAAUAGCUACUGUACUUUUCCCACUGAGAGAGCAAGUUUCCAGAAACUUAGCCAAGGUAACAUCUUACUCCAAAACUAAGUACCAUUACUUUUUUGCCGCUGUGUCUUUUUUCUCUUGAAUUUACCUUUCUUCUUCUUUUUUUAAAAAAGAGUUGACAGUACUUUUACAAAGAUAAGCCCUACAAUUGUUCUUUAAGAGAAUAAUUUUACUUAGCGACGGAGAAAAACGUUUUGGCCCUAUCACGAAAAAUUAAAAGCUCGUGUUAGGUGUAAAAAUGGUGGCAAGUGCUGAACCCUUAAGCACUAACGCCACAAAAUAAAAUAAUAUUUACAUAAGAAAAGAUGGCGGUUUCUUUGAAGAGUCUGGUUUAAUGUUAAGUUGCCAAUUUAAAAAAAAGGAAAUGGCAGGCUGCUGGUGUAAAUUGAGGGUGAUAUCAGCCGUAUCGCAUGGGUAUAUCCGAGCUAUCCGUUUAACUGCCGCUAGAGAGAAGGUUUCCAGGUUGAUCUCUUAUGAAAUAUCAUGUCAACAACGUGUAAGUCACUUAAAUGUGUUUCCACUGUGAUUAGAUAAAUAACGCUAAGUCUGCUGAAAAAUAUUUAUAAGCGUUGGCUGAUUUACAUUCAGUCUCAAACUACCCGGCGGCGGAAGAACGAAUUUUUACUGAGCUGCCGGCACUUGCAGUUCCGCGAAUUCUGACAAACAAAAUAAAUUAUUUGUUGAUUCUAAGAAAAGGUUUGGAAUUAAAGCGAAGCAAUGACCAGGCCUUAUUCAAUUGAGUUUAUCCAACAACACCACAUAACGGUGUACUUUCCAAUAAAUAAGCUUCGCCAAAAACUUGUCAGCUCAACUCGCCAUUAUUCCUAAAAGAAUAGCCAUAUGGACGUCCCCUUCCCUUCCGACAUAAUUUUAUCCUGAUUUUGUAACCUUUAUUUCCACGGGAAUACAUUAAAUUGCUAUCCUUUCCAGGGAAAGUAUCCAAAUCGAUGAAACAGAUAGAUAUGGGAUGUUCAAAGAAUAUACUUAACUGUAUUUAAAUUUUCAAGGUGCUCGAGCCAAAAAUAUAGUGUUUACCUCGUUUAGCAGUGGCGGUGUGAAAAGCUGACGCCGCUAUCUUUGAUGUGCUUCAAAGACUUGAAUUUUUUAUGACUAAAAGCACCGACAAGGAACUUGUGCUUUUCUGUUUGAAAAUCUGAAAACCGAAAAUGCUAUACACCAAGUCUCCAAAUUUAAAAGAAAGAAGAAAUAUUGCAUUUUGUGAAGAUUUACACUACGAAUUAAAAAUGUUUGAAUGAGAAAUUAUGCAGUGCAAAUUUCUUUGGAAACGCAAACUUCUUUGAAAGCCGGCACCGCUAACAAUGCCGCCACAAGUUGUUCAAUCAUCAUGAAAAAUUUAACAAGUCGGCAACUCAGUUUUCUUUUAGUCAAGGCAACAAUUUUCGCUGUUACUCCAAAUUCGUUUUUUGUGCUAAAAAGCCUUGAGGGCUUUGCAAGACACUAAACCCUAUCGUUAGAUCGCUUCAGUACACAUAUAUAUGCGCGUAAAGUUUUGUUAAAUAAUAAAAAUGAAAAAGUCCAUUAAUUAAAGUAUACUUAGUAGAUGAAAGCAUGGGUUGAAAUAAUCAGUACAGCUAUAAAGCAGGGAAAUUGCUUGAAGAUCCUAUCUAAUGUCGGCUUCGCUCUCUAAAAAGGUGCCAAAUUGUGUGACGCUCGCGCCCGCUAAAUACACUUUGUACAUUACUCCCUUAGCUGUAAUUUUUGUAAAAAUUCUGCUACAAAGAACACCGAAAAAGGGCUUUUAGCUAGGACAAGUUACAGUUGAUUUUAAAACGCUUUUAUUUAUAUAUCAAAUGCAUGUAAGGUCUGAAUUUUGCGAGUUUUCAGCUCUUUAAUUUGGUCUUAUAAUAAAUGUCCGGCGAGAGCACUUAGUUCCUUAGCCCGCACGUAUCAAAUUAAUGUAGUUAUUACGGGAUAUAUCAAAGUAGUCAGGUUGGGCUUGUAUAUUGGCCAUUUGGUCAUUUAAAAGCAUCUGAGUAUAUUAUACCGCGGUCUUUGAUUAUUAAAUCAAUGAGAGCAGUGCGUGUCAUCACGACCACACUAUACUUUUUAAAAUCCAUUCUUAUUGCCAAGCGGACUGACUAAGGACUCCAGGCCCCUCCCUCCAGGCGAGUUUGAUUGACUCCACCUUUUUCAGAAGUUUUUCUUUUACAUGUACUGUUUUCUUACAAAGUUUAUGCAGAGAAGGAAUAGCUUAUGAACCACCAUGAAGUUAUAGGUCUACAAAGUCGUAGUCAAUAUUUCGGUUCGAGAAUUUCGACAAAGUCAUCCCAGCAACCUGGCUACAUAACUUUUUACACGACCCAACGGACAGUCAGCCUGUUUGAUCAAUAAAGCUUUAUGGCAAACUUUUUUGGUGUCAGUGCUUGAUUAAAGAAAAACGAAAACAAUUUAAAAUCCCGUCACCAUGAUUAUGGGUAAUAAUGCUUUUAAAGCAGCUUUAAUGUUGGGCUAAAAAUUUGAAAAAUGAACAGAGAACCGACUGCGCUACUAACAACCAAAUGUUGAGAUGUGAGAAAGCUUUACUUCAGCUGUCGGUGUGUCAAGGACCCGAAUGUUUUCGGCGGAUGGCUUAACAUUUAUAGAUCUAGACAAUCCAGUUCGUUUUCUCCACGUUGCUUUAUCUUAUCCGGUUCUCGCUAGUCACUACCUAUGAGGCGGGACUAAGUAUAAAUAUUAUAGAAGAAAACGCCCAUUACGUCGCGAAUGGUAGCCUCCCACGCAGGGGUUUUUAGGGGAGCUGGGGGAGGGACGAAAUACGAGCUCCCAUAAAACGUCCACAUGAGAGGCUAGGCGAAUGGCAACCUUCCUUCUUCCAGUGUUCUAACUCGGUAAUUGUUAAAGGAAAAAGCAAGCUUUUCGAAGAGAGGUGAUACUGUGCCGUAUACAAAAUUAAAAGAAACAGACUCCUCAAAAGUACAUACUGUUCAGUUUCACACGAGCAAGAAGUCAUCCUCCUUUCCAACAAUGCCAGGCCAGUUCUCUCUUUAAUAAUCUCCAAGCUGUAACGAUUAUCUAUUUAUCUUAGCAUAACUAAUAAAUUAACGACUCGAAGCAAACCAACUGGAGUAAGAUAAAUAAAAGCAUUCAGUUUUUAACCUAUUAAAAAUACCACAACAUGUCUUUUCUUCUUCAAAAAUUAUUUUUGGAACAUUAGGCUAUAUGCACAUGCCUUUCAAUGUUCAUGGUAAGCCUUCCAACUUCUUUAAUUUCAAUUACGUGUGCUAGCUUAUAAGCCUCAGUUAAAGAAAGUUGCAGCCUGUAAAUCUCAAUUAAAAGUUUAACUUUUCACUAACAGUAAAACUGAUAAAAAAGUUUCAAAUAAACUCCACAAGCAGAAAUUUAUUUCUUAUGUUAUACGAACAUUUUGUCUAUAACAAUUAAGUUUCUAUUUUGCAGCUAAAUGGGUUCAAAAUGUUCUAAAGAGGAUCAGAGUUUGGCUCCAGGUGAGUUAUUUUGAAAUAAAUAAAUAAACAAAACAGAUAGAUAGAUAGUUUAUUCACCUUAAAACCUUGCAGAAAAGAGCUGAAUUGCGAUAAGGUUUACAUUAAAGCGCGAUACAGCUUCUUGAAGAAGGAUGAUCUAACACCGUGAUAAACGAUUUUAAAACUGUUAUAAAAUCAUAAAUCCAAAAGAUGUGUCACGAUAAGUAACAAAAUUAUAUAUAGUUUUCAACUAUUGUAAACGUGACUUAAAAGAAAAUUAUCCUUGCAUCUUUCAAUUUUACACUUUGGACAAAUAAAUGUUCUUUGUUCUCUCAGAGAGUAGCUCGGCUGAUAUUUACUUGGAAGUAGUUUGUGGAGACUGUGAGAUUGAUUAGCACCAUUCUCUCUUGUUAGCUCAAACUUCAUCGAACAACUUUGCCGCAAUUGCCUCUCUUCUAUCAUAGAGUGUUAAAAGUUCUAGAACCUUAGUAUGUGAUAGCUCAGAGUAAAGAAUCUUCAUAGCGCGUUUUUGCUGUCCUUCUUGGUCUUCGCUUAAAUAACUUGCUAGAGCGGGAUAAAAACUGAGCUGCCGUACUCCAGAGUAGAGCGAACGCAUGUGAUGUAAAAUAGAAGUAGCUUUCUUGUAGCAAUACUCCGGCUAUAUCUUUGUGGCUAUCCAAACCAACAAGAAAGAAGUAAUGAUAAUGAACGUCAUCAUCAUUAUCUGGCAGGGAGGGAUCGAUCAGUGUUUACCACUGACCAGGUAUUCAUACAGCAGAACCCCUCCCCCCUCACUGUUACAAUCACGGCGGAGAAGCUGUCUUAUGAUCCUGAUGAUAAGAAAUUGCUAAAAAUAAUAACAAUUUAAUUCUAGACAAUGAAUCUUGGCGAAGGACGCGAUAUAUUUGGAUGAGUUACGCAUUAAAAGCCACUCAAACGUUACGUCACACCCAGCGUCACACUGUAGUUUCUGUUCCUUAGCAAAUUGGGUCAUAUUUUAGUAAAAUGGCCUAUUCUCCUUUCUAUUUAUUUGUAAUAAAUCAAGAAGCUGCCGCGCCUAAUUUUCUUUUUAAAUGAUAGGCUAUCUAUUGUUGCGGAUGUAAGGAAGGCCUGUUAACUUAAACUUGCUCCCCUGGUCGUACCAUGUACGAAUAUAGAUGUAGACAAUACAGACGAACUUGCCAAUAUCGCGGUACUUGCCUACUACGUCACGUGCUGAUGACGUUACAUAUGGACCGAGAAAAACGAUAAGCUGCGGUGCGGAGGCAUUUUUCUUUUGCUGAGUCCUGCGCGCCGUUCGCGUCUGAGCAUAUAAGCAGCCGUCAAUUGAUAGGCCAGCAACAGGAUGCGACACUUCAUUCACCCCCCUUUUAGCUCUCUGAUUCUGUUUGAUUAUGAGCAGAAUGCAACGUUUUCAUUUUUCAUAGUUGCCUUUUACACGUCCUUGAAAAUAAGUGCAUUAUAUACUUCGUUUCUCUGUGGUACAAGAUGAAAGUGACUCAAUACACUACAGAUUAAUCAUAGUAUCUCUGCCGGUGGACGAGAUCCAUAGCUUCAAUUUUUUUUGGAACCAACCACAAUCAACUUCUAAGAAGGUCCGAAGAUUUCUCUCAAAAUUAUCAUUUGGGGGGUUGGUCACCGGAACGUCUUUUUGUCAUUUAAACUUGCUAAAAGCUUUUUCACAACACCCCUAAACAAUCAGCCUAGCUAUUUGGUUAUCGUUAACACUUCUUAAAUCAAGCUUUGUUGUCUCGUCUUUGAAUUCACUUAGAAUAAUCUCUCACAUCUUUCAGAGGACAGAGCUGACCAUUACUCGCUCGACCCUUCUACUAACAGAUUAUUAUAUGCAAUAAGUUUUCCACUUCUAAAACGAUUAGGAAUCUCGUAUUGUAUCGAAUCUUGUGAGAAUCGACGUAUCGGUCCACAACAAUUAACCAUUUAAUGGACUUAAGUUUAACUUUGAGGAGUCGAUGUAGCCUCCGGUUUCCCGAAACAUGAAAAGAUUUCACAGACUAGGGAGAAAAUCAUGGAGUAGGUCUCGCCGAAACCAAGGUAUGAAUCCGUUAAAUUUCCCUUUUUCGAUGCGCUUGGCACGGGCCAGGGAAUUCCAUGUUUGGGCAAGCGAUAGUUGUGUAAACAUAACUUGCUGAAUGUUUUAUCAGACUUUUUAAUCUUCAGCCUGUUCAACUCUUCAAAAUUCAGUUUGUAUAAGAAAUCAAGGAUUACUCGUGCCGAUCAUUUUUCUUAUUCCGAUAAUUUAUAUAAUCACUGGCAUAAUUUGUCUUUUUCACUAUAGGAGGUGCCGCCAUUGCCGGGUCUAACCAGCUCGCCCGGUUAGAUACCCCGGCUACUAUUAAACCUUACAUGUAAUCGUCGGAACGGUGUUGAAGCCACUAUUAUGCCGGGACAUAACGACGAGCGGUGUAUUGAACGAAAGCAAAUAUUCUCCUGCUCUUAAUUUUACUGCCAAUCCACAUUUUGUAUUCUACACUUCUGUCAUUAUAAAUUCAAAAUUAUUAAUCCCUUCUAGAGUUUGAGUUUUAUAAUUAUUACUUUGUAAAACGCAAAAUUACUCAUUUUCUAACAGUUUGGAAUAUUCUCAUUUUAAAAAGGACAAAUAAUUUGGUUUAUUUUGGGAAUAAUGGUUUUAAAGAAAAAGAGGAGAGCCAAACAGGGAAAAAGGCAAUUUGUGUCAUCAGCAUUUUUACACGGAGUUUGAAUAGCAAAGAGACGGUUUAGACUAGUGCAAAAAAUACUUAACUGAACGAUGAGAACGCGGCGCAGAGAACUAGAAGUAGCAGACACAUGUAUUUCAUAAAAUUAGUACUCCACUGUAAUUGGCUACUUUUAAAGCUAGCCAAUCAAAUCGCAGUUUUCUCUCAUUAAGCUUUGAUUAGGACAAUCGAAUCAAUUUCUGUCAGUGGCACAAAGCAUUAGGCCGCCAGAUAUCACAGCGUCAAACUGAGAGUAAUGCCGAGGUCUUAAGCGAAUUUUCACUUCUCGUUUUCGGGAUUUUUGCCCCGUUACGUUUAUGAGGAUUGUAUGGUUGUUAUGAAUUGAAAGCAUUUUUGACAUGGGAAAAAAAUAUAGCAAGCAAGGUAAGGUGAAAGCGCGCGAAAGUCGCAAGCACGUUCGCUCGAUGGCUCAACUCUUCAACACAAGAUGCCAUAAUUACAUGUUUAAUAAUACCCCCGUACGUAGUCACGGCGUGUGGCUCGUUUCGGUUCUUGUUCUAAUCUCAGUUUUGUUUCUUUUUUAGCCUGGAUUUCAAGAGAAGGACCUGAAGGCAAGCAAUAGUUUUACUGCGGAGCCCAAAUCUGUGAAAUUAAGCUUGUUUAUUUUUCGUUGCCUUUGUUCACGCCGAUCGAUAAUUUUUUUCUUUUAUAAUUGCGCUCUCUUGAACAGGCGACUGUGUGGUGGAAAGCGACUCGGCAAACCUUUCGCCAAACUUGACGGAAGAUCCACAAGAGAAAAGUUCAUGUACGGCCGACUUCACAUACAAGGGAUACCCUGUCAAUGUCGUGAGUAUAACAUAACUUAUAAUUAUAUUGCUUCGUCCCUGGCGGAUAUGAAUGAUUGUCCGGCGAUCACUUGCAUCCACGUAUGUUCAAUUCACCGUCGCUAAAAUCGACCCUUGUGUUUCAGUCACAGGUUGAUAUGUUAUGAAGCAACCUUUUUUUAUGGUCUUGAAAGCUAAGCUUGGUAGUUGGUUGUUAUUGUUCGUGCCACUGAUAGCUGUCGGUUUCGAGUGAAGUGAUAGAACAACAGCCGCGCUAACAAAGGUCAACACCGUAUCAUCAAGCGGUCGCCAACAUUUACGUUUUGUCAUUUUUGCAAAUCGCUUGCAUCCUUAAACUCAUGAAUUCUUUGUUUCUAACAAAAACAUUUACGAUGGAUCGCUUCGUCUCUGAUUUCCCAUGCAUUGGCAACAGCUGAAAUCAAUAAAUAGUGCGGGGAUCAAGCCAAAAAACGGUGGUGUAUCGAGAGUAAAAAGUUAUAAUACUGCCGUGAAUUCUUCACACAAAUUCUACCAGCACAAGAAUACUUAGUGUGGGCAUUAGAUUAACAUAGGGGCGUUUUUGGUGUUAAAAUUCCAGCACUGCAUCGGUUGUCUACGGCGCAUGAUAAAUCAAUAGCGUGUCUCUCAUGAAAGAACCAAUGUCCGUCCUCUUUUCCUUCGAUAAUCGCUAUUUCGUGAUACCAUUUUGCUAAGCGCACCUUCUUGAAGUUUCCCGGAGUUAUUUUCGGUCCUACAUGUUUGACCUUGUCGUCGGAAGAGAGCGGCAGAGUAAAAGCGAUUUUAAGUUUCCUGAAAUUUGAGAGAACAAAAUUGUAGCGACAAUUCGUGCCUCGAUUAUGUUUUGAUGUUUCCGUUGACCUGGUUCAGCAAGAGGAAUACAACAGUUGUUCUUUUUUAAUCAGAUAUAGCGAAACUGAAUGAGAAAGAAAAUAAAUGAUUUUGUGUGUAUACCAUGCUUAAGUAAGUGUAUACUUGCUUCAUAAACAUGAGAUGUUUACAUAAGGUUGUCACGUCUUAAUCUAAUUCAUGAAAAAUACCUUGUAGUGGGAAUCAGUGCAAAAGAACAACUUUGGGUGUUUAAUUCAGAACGUUGUUUUCUAACGAAGCCUGGUGAUUUGUGCAUUUUUUGUAUUUACUAGCCAAAAUUCUUAUAGAUUUAAAAACUUACAAAGCACUUUCAAUUUAACAGAGUCUUAUUAUUCUUCAUAACUUGUUUUACUGAACCGUAGUCAGCGGUAUUAGCAGUUUAGCUUGGAUACCCUUUUUUUUUUCUUCAGUAUUUUAAUUAUUAUCGAAAGAAUGUGUUAAAAUGAGAAAUUUAGCUUUGCUUUCUUCUAUAUCGGUCUUUUGCAAGCUAUUUUGAGGUGAAUGUUCCUAGUGUCAGUGCUUUGAAUCUUAAUAGGAUUGAAAUGCCUCUUUUUAUCUAAAAUAAGUGUUUCUGAAUGCCACCACAAUAGCAAUGCAAUUAUCUUAAUUCACGAAUAUCAAGUAACUUGAUAAUUUCAAGGAUUUAGUGUGUGGAAAAUCGGUACGCAUAUUAACCAUUGCUCUUUGACUCUUCUCUUAUCGGGUAUGUCAAUCACUGAUUUAAUGCUUUUUGACCAUGAGAAACUGUUUUAAGUAUGGAUAGUAGUAUUAAAGCAGAAUAAGUAGCAAAGAUCAUAUUUCCUUGGAUCUGUAAAGCUCUUAGCUUAUUUAAUCCCCUUUUUGGAUGUCAUGCGUCAUUUCUCCUCUGCUUCACCCGCAAGAACAACUCAAUAAUUGAUGAUGUCCUUACGAACAUGCAGCCUUAAGGUUGGUUUACAGAAAAACGCUGGUCUUUGAUAAGAUUUUACUUUAGAUCUAACAGUUCACCCCAUCUCUAAAAAAGAGCAAAGUAACAAUGCCUUGCAAGGAGAUAUGCCUUGUGAUGCUAUUUGGCACAAUGUUACAAAAUUCCUUUGAAUGUAAAUAUAUCUGGUGUAUGGAUUUAUUCUUCUACUUAGCUUUUCAUCAUUCUUGCUCCAGUGCAUUUAAGUUUAGGACCAACUGAAAUGCUUUGUUCUUUUAAAGCUACAAGAUGGAUCAUGUGAAUCAGAAAAAGACUUUUGCAAGAAGUAUUCUUACUAUGACUAUCCUAUUGAAGGUAAGGUGUAAGUGGCUUGUACUUUUUAGAAGAAAAUAAUAUCUCUGGGUGCCUUUACUUUUUGGGUUUGACUCUUGAGAUUUAAGACUGGUAUAAUUUUCAAUCCCUUCAAAUAUUUUAGUCAGUCAAUUACUCUAGAGCACAUUUUUGUGGUCUAAGACAUUAACAGUUAAUCAAGAGUGUUGUGUGGGGCUAGUUUUCUGGUUACAAUUUAUUGAAAAUCGUAUACAGCUGCAUAGGAACUGCAGGGUGAAGAAUUAAAUGAAAGAGAAGAUCAUCUCAGUUAUAGACGCAACUUUGUCAGAUGCAACUGCAAAAGUUACAUCUUUAACUGUGAUGAUCUUCUCUCGUUUAAUUAAAUAAAUACUAUUAUACUAUUCACCAAAGUCCCUCGGUUGCCUCCCGGCUUCCAGCACUUACCAUUUCAAUUUAUGUGUAAUGAACUAGAAAACCACUUUUAACUUACUUUCUUCAACAAAGCUUUCUUGUUUCUUUUCCCUCUGAUUUGGAGCAUUUUUUUAAAGUUAAUUAAUUUGACUAUUUACAUGUGUAUUGUGCCAAACCUCUUCUUGUCCUACACACGUUAGUAUACGCCCUUUUGAAAUAAAGUUUGAUUGAUGUUUUGAUUGUCUGACAUAACUAGUUAAAUUGUAUUAGUUAUAAAACGACUAAUUAUAGUUGAUUAUGAAAUUAAAUAACAGUUAAAAAUAAAUUUAUAUGCCUGCUUCAAAAGGUGCAGAUAAGCAAAACAUUUUUGUUUGUUUGUCUUUUUCUAACUUGAAUUUCUUUUUUGGCAGUAGUUGAAUUGCCAGAUGAGCCAGAUGGAAAGAAAUUGGAAGUAUAUUUUGAACAUGAAGGACAAGUUGAAGCCUCUACCCAGACCACAAGACCAGCUGUCACGGUAAUACUAAGAUUGUCUGUGCUACAUUGUAAUGUAAUAUACAGUCAAACUCCCCUUUACAUACACCCACUUAAUGCAGACACCUCAUCAUUAUAGACAGAUUUCUUUGUCCCCUUACUUUUUCUCUUAAUUCAACCUGCUUAAUAUGGACAACCCGUUAAUGUGGGCACUUUCUGUGGCCCCCUCAGUGUCCUUUUUAACGGGGUUUGACUGUAUUACAGUUAUUGUAUUUUUAUUGUAAUGGUAUUGUACUGCACAGGGCACCCAGAAAAGUAGCUCAGAUUGCUGUGAGUCUAUGCUGUGCACACCCUUGAUUUUCAUUACAUAAUAUGCUAUGCUAUUUUCACUUUGUUCCUACAGACGUCUAGUGAAUGUGGCCAGUCAUUGAAAUCGGUGGCAUCAGAUCGACAAGAAUGGUCCUAUACCCUUUAUGACUUUGAAGGUCAAGGCCAUGUCACAAGAGAAGUGAGUAAUAGAUUAGUAACACUGCUGUAUACUGAAAAGCAGGCAGCACUGAUAUAUCCACUGACUUUCUAUCAAUUGCAUUUAAGCAAUAGAAAACGUUUUCUGUGUUUGCAUAACCGUCGAGAAUUCUCCCAACGCCUCGAGUGUUUAUAUCAGGCUAUGCAAACACAGGAAAAAAGUUUUCUAUUGCUUUUAUAAAAUAACUUUCCCUAGAAAAAAACGCAAAACUCUUUGUAUGGCACUGAUUAAAGGAGAAAUUCUUACCAGUCGCAAAAUCUUGUCCACGAAGUCUUGCACGCGUAAUGAGUUCUUGUUUUGCAAAAAGAUGCUUUGCAAAAUACGGAGUUUUCUCGCUUAAAAUGUCAGCUUAAGCGAAGAAAAAUUGACUCACCUUCUUUGUAACGAUUUUCCAUGUUUCAGCCGACGAAGGAAUGGGUAAAUAAAAUAAACUUGUCGAGUUUUGAACUCGAAAACUUUUUCAAAUUUGGUGCUUGCGUGAUUAGCGCGCGAAAAGCCAAACAACUUGACGCCACAACCAUGUUUACAUACUCUCAUGCAAACACUGCUCUCGGCCAAUCAGAGCGCGCGUACUAUCUUAGUUAUUUUAUAAUAGUUGCUAGUACCAUGUUCAUGUGAUAAAAAGAUGUGAUAAGUUGCUGGUUUCUCCUUAUAAAAAGCCUUAUGUUUGCUAGUAAAGGAAGGGACAAUUGACACAAUAUGAAGAGUUACUUUGGGCCCACUCUUCAAAUACUAGUGACACCUAUAUAUAAAUAUGUGUCAUGCAACACAGUCUCUGAAACAGAUGAUGGAAAAAGGAUAAAUUGUGGAGGAAACCCUAUUGAGUAUUAGUCCUAUUAAAGAAAAUUAGGGAAGGGUGAAGCUUGUAACUUAGUUGGUAGACAAGAGCAAUUGUAGAUCUAAUCUGGACAUUGUGGGCUUGAAUCCCAGUGAGGUCAAAAGAUUUUUUUGGCCUUGUGUGGUCCCCUAAAUCCCUCACCUUGGGCUAAUACCCAGGUUAUGGGUUAUUUGUAGCACUUGAAAUUUUCACUCCAGACUUAAUUCCUUCCUCUGUUUUUUAACCUACAUGUAAAACUCUCUAUGCCUGAGUGGUAAUUGAAGAAAAAAUCCGUGUUUGUUUGUUUGUAGGACCUCAAAAGCCUUGUUAAGUCAAUUUAUGAAGUUCUGGGGAAAAACAUCUCUCGGCCCAAGAGUUCCCAAAGAGAGCCUGUUAAAAAAGUUUGUGUGAGACUGUCGGUAUCAAAAGAGAGAAAUAGAGACGGUGCCGACAAAGGAAAACAGGAAUGUCUUCUGACAGCAGUUAGAGAACAACCAAGAAAAAGUAAAGCAAGUAGGUGUUUAUCAACUGACAGAGAAGGCUCAAUGAUUGUUAACCCUCCAUCUACAGACUACCUUAGUCAGAUCAGACCACAAAGCAGUUUGUUGGAAGCAACAACUCAAGCUGAAGGUUACGCUUGUAAAGGUGCUCAUCAUCGCAGAUCAUCAUCAUGCAGAAGGUGUGGACAGAGGCAAACAUAUGAAAGGGACAGUUCAAAGAAUGAAACCAGGAAAGAUCCCGUGGACUCAAAGGGGAUGUAUCACUAUCCAAAGAGAAUGCAAACUGGACCAGGUGAAUGUAAUCCACCGGCUUCGGGCAGUAAUGAAGUAACACGUGUGAAAGAGUGGGUUAACCAGUGGUGCCGCAUGUAUGAGGAAGACUCCAUGAAUGAUCAGCCCAGGCACAAACAUAAGGUUCAUCGUCGGCACCGUGGGUGUCAACCUGACACCUGUGAAGCCAGUUGCCGAUUGCGGCGCUGUCCUCAGUACCUGGAUCUUGCAACAGAUCACCUGACUUACCCUUAUCAUACAGAGAGUCAGUCGUUUGCAUUUGGCAACGGUUCGCCAAGACCACAGCACCAUCACAAACACAGUGAACAUCAUUGUAGACAGAGCUGCAGUAAAGAUAAUGGUGCAUGUUAUCAUGAUGGAAAACCAGUUAUCCAUGAACAUCACCAUCAUCAUAAUCAUCAUCAUUAUCAUCACUAUGUUGGUUAAAUGAAUUAAUAUAUUGGCCCUCAAAAUUCACCAGAGAGGCUGAGUAGCAGAAUUCCGCAGUUAAGUACCGAAUUUCAGUGACUGAAAGCAAGUGUUUUGAGGUUAUCCGAAGGUACUGUUGAACAAGUGUCAUUUGAAGUAACUUUGUACAAACUGUACAUUUAUUGUCCAUGUAACAUGUUCACUUCAUGACUGUUGAUAAUCAUUCUCCUACUACCUUUGUGGGUCAACUUUAUAUUGAAUUUUUGCCAGAAUUUUUUCGGGCUUGUGAUUUAGUGUACAAUUUUUGUCAAUCUGAAUCGGCUCAACCAGUUUUCUGUUUGAAUAGUAGCGAGAUUCUCUGUUCAUUUCAGAAAUGGGCCAAAUGGAGGGCUUUAUAGACUUUUAUAUCCUCAUGUAUAUGUAAGCGAAAACUUAACAUUUUGAACAAUAUGAAAUAUGGAAGUAUUUAUCAAAUAGUGUAGACAUUAUUUGGAUGUUACCAUAUUGGUGAUAAUAAGCGGCAAAGCAUACAGUUUGCAAUAUUCUGAAAAGAAAUAUAUACAGUUCAUGUAAACACAUAUAUAAAAUGCUAGGAGUUAACAGUUCAGUGAACCUCUGAAAGAAGCCAUUUUAAUAUUUGCUUAGUUACAUACAUACUUUUUUGAAGUAAUAUAUAGCUUUAGUCGAAAUUACCUACUGUAUAAUAUACAGAUAAACGAAAAAAAUUAAGUUGCUGCAUUGCAGUUAGACUGACUCAUCUCCUUGUGGAGGAGUUGCUACUUAUCUAACGAUAUCGUUAGUAAAAUGUUAACAAUGCCAACCAAAAAACAAAAUCUAAAAAACUUUGAAUACGUGUAAGUUAUUAUAAUUAUUAUAACAAUUAAGAACUAAGUGUAUUGUCAUUGAUGUGUUCUGU